ACUUGAGACUCUUUAUCGGCUAAAUGUUGGUGGAAACCGCAUUGAGAGCGUGGAAGACACAGGAAUGUACCGAACCUGGAGUCAAGAUGGAGAUUAUCUUGUCGGAUCAAACUGGACUUCUCCAAUUUUGAACAAAUCCCAGCCGAUUCAAUUUACAGCGAGCACACCGGCGUACACCGCACCCAAGGAACUUUACACUACUUCGCGUAUGAUGAGCAACAAUUCUUUGUUGAAUUCGAAAUCCAGCAUGACCUGGAAGUUCCCCGUUGAUGCUGGGUUCCGCUACCUCGUCAGGCUUCAUUUCUGUGAGAUUCUGAUGAGGAUCACAGGCGAUGAUCAACAUGUUUUCAACAUAUUCAUCAACAAUCUAACUGCGGCAGCAGCCAUAGACGUGUUUCUUUUGAGCGGUGGCAGUGGACAUCCUAUGUACAAAGACUAUAUUUUUUUGACUGAAAACAGUACCCAAGGAAAGGACCUUUGGCUAGCGCUGCACCCUCAAAACAAAAAAUAUGUUGAUGCCUUCUUGAACGGUUUAGAGAUUUUCAAACUGAAUCAAUCUGAUGGUAACCUAGCUGGACCCAAUCCUGAUCCGAUUUAUAGUCUUGCACCUCCAGACUCGCACCAAAAGUUACUUAGAGGCCCAAAGAGUAAGGUAACAUCAAUAAUUUUGCCAAUCGUUGGCGCUAUCCUCGGUGGUUUUGCUCUGGUUUCUCUCCUCGUGAGCUUUUUCGUUUUUCAAAGACAAAGAAAACUGAAACACGCGCUCUCUUUCACAUCAAAGUUCCUUACCACAAAAACCUCCUCCUCGUUACUGUCUGAUACCUGUUGUCACUUCUCAAUUGCCGAGAUCAAAGCAGCCACUCAAGAUUUCGACGAUACGCUUCUAAUCGGAAGUGGAGGAUUUGGAAACGUUUACAGAGGGAUUAUGAAAGGUGGGACCACCAUUGCUGCAAUCAAACGGUUAAACCCUUCAUCAAGGCAAGGGGCCCACGAGUUCCGCACCGAAAUUGCCUUGCUUUCAAAGCUUCGACACGUUAAUCUUGUUUCUCUGAUUGGGUACUGUGAUGAUCACAGUGAGAUGAUCCUAGUGUACGAUUACAUGGCACGUGGCACACUCCGUGAUCGUCUCGACAAAACCAAGAAUCUGCCAUUAUCAUGGAAACGGAGACUAGAGAUCUGCAUUGGGGCGGCGCGUGGGUUGCACUAUCUCCAUAGAGAGGUCAAGGAGGUUAUCAUCCAUCGCGAUGUGAAGUCGUCAAAUAUAUUAUUGGACGAAAAUUACGUGGCAAAGGUAUCAGAUUUUGGUUUGUCGAAAUUGGGUCCUACAAGCACAUCCGAGACCCACGUCAGCACAGUGGUGAAGGGUAGCUUCGGGUAUAUAGACCCAGAAUAUUAUCGUCUGCAGCGACUAACAGAUAAAUCUGACGUGUAUUCUUUUGGUGUGGUUUUAUUUGAGGUGCUGUGCGGCAAGCCACCGGUCUUCGAGAACCUUUCAGGGGAGAAAGUGGGCCUGGCACAAUGGGCCCAUAGUUGUUAUCAAAAUGGAAGCCUUGAUGAAAUCGUGGACCCGUAUCUGGCAGGCCAGAUUGCGCCGAUGGCCUUGCAGAAGUUCAGUGAGGUCGCGGAGAAUUGUGUUCGUGAACGUGGAAAUGAACGUCCGACAAUGAGGGAUAUCGUGUGGGCAUUGGAGUCUACGUUGCAGCUUCAGGAAACUGAAGAAGAAAACACGAAUGAUAGUGAUGCUAUCAUCACCGAUGAGGGUUCAAGUCAAAACACGGUAAAAUCUCUAUCUAUAUCAGAUUAUCAGUCGACAGUUAAUUAAGAAAUUAAGAAACAGUAUUUCAUAAUAGUUACUAGUAUAAUUUUUACUCAAUUAAUAGUAGAUAAAGAAAUACAUAUUAGUAGAUGAUUAGUUAAAUUUAGCCGAAUGUGUGAUUAGUUGUGUGAGUGUGCAUAAAACUAUUGCUUGUUG